AUGGAAUUACCCGACCUGAGUACAAUUAUUGAAGAUGUAUUAGCAUCAAAUGAUGGAACUGCAGGUACUUCUAUAUAUAUUUUAUCACCAUUAGCUAUGCAUUCUGAUGUUCAAAAUCAAAUUCUAGGUGAACGUCAAGGUUUAUUUUCUAUUUUUAUCUUUACUGUUCCUGAGUUUUCACGUCCAGAAAUGAUAAUUAAUGAAACUGGUGUUCCAAAAAUAUAG